UUGUCUCUUUGCCUGGGUCCGAGCUAACAUUCGAGUUGUGUGGCGUGCUUUUUCGCGCUGUACCCUCCUACGUCAGUUGGUCUCAUCCUCAGCCGGACCCAGGGCGCGGCGGGCCCCAACGCUCAAGUCACGUCACGAGCGGUGGGAUCCCUCCGCCGCGGGUAGACCAGUGUAGGUUGCACUCACUUGAGGGAAGACUUUGAAAGAUCCAUCCGCCACCGCCUCCGCCGCGGAGGGAGACAGGGACCCUGAGCGCGUCCCUGCGACCCCCCCUUCCUAUCGCAGAGAUCCACCACCACAGUCGUGCCUAGUUCACUUCCAAACCCGGAAGUGGAAGCGGGGGACCCUCGCCCCCCAAGAACGUUCUGCGCGCCCCCUCUCCUGCCCGAGACCCUGUGGGCCACGCCCCCGGCCGCCUCCCGCGUUGGGGGUGGGGUCGUUGAUUUGAGAUCUCCUUGGACACUGAAGAGCUAGCUGUGUAGCCCCCGGGGCCCUGCUGCCCUGCUGCCACCAUGAGUGAAUUGGAGCAGCUGAGACAGGAGGCUGAGCAGCUCCGGAAUCAGAUACGGGAUGCUCGGAAAGCAUGUGGGGAUUCAACAUUGACCCAGAUAACAGCUGGGCUGGACCCUGUUGGAAGAAUCCAAAUGAGAACAAGACGGACCCUCCGUGGUCACCUGGCAAAAAUCUAUGCCAUGCACUGGGGAACAGACUCAAGGCUGCUGGUCAGUGCUUCACAGGAUGGAAAACUCAUCAUCUGGGACAGUUAUACCACCAAUAAGGUCCAUGCUAUCCCUCUCCGAUCCUCUUGGGUCAUGACCUGUGCCUAUGCGCCUUCAGGGAAUUUUGUGGCUUGUGGGGGGUUAGACAACAUCUGCUCCAUCUACAGCCUCAAAACCCGAGAGGGCAAUGUUAGGGUCAGCAGAGAGCUGCCAGGCCACACUGGAUACCUAUCCUGCUGCCGCUUCUUAGAUGAUAACCAGAUCAUCACUAGCUCUGGAGAUACCACCUGUGCCCUGUGGGAUAUAGAAACAGGACAGCAGACAGUGGGCUUUGCAGGACACAGUGGGGAUGUAAUGUCCCUGUCUCUGGCUCCGGAUGGUCGAAGCUUUGUUUCUGGUGCCUGUGAUGCUUCCAUCAAGCUGUGGGAUGUUCGGGAUUCCAUGUGCCGUCAAACUUUUACAGGCCAUGAGUCUGACAUCAAUGCUGUGGCCUUCUUUCCAAAUGGCUAUGCCUUCACCACGGGGUCUGAUGAUGCCACAUGCCGCCUCUUUGACCUUCGGGCUGAUCAGGAACUACUCAUGUACUCUCAUGACAACAUCAUCUGUGGCAUCACCUCAGUUGCCUUCUCCCGAAGUGGCCGGCUCCUGCUGGCUGGCUAUGAUGACUUUAACUGCAACAUCUGGGAUGCCAUGAAAGGCGAUCGAGCAGGUGUUCUUGCUGGCCAUGAUAACCGUGUUAGCUGUCUUGGGGUGACUGAUGAUGGUAUGGCUGUAGCCACAGGUUCCUGGGACUCCUUCCUCAAGAUCUGGAAUUAGUUGCCAUACCCACAAUUUAUCAGGCCAAGGGGGAGGGGACAUGCCCUGCACUACAGGCCAGGAGCUGGGGUGGGGGUGGGGGUAACUGGUGGCACACACCUGGGCCUGGCUCCCUCCUCCUUGGAGCUCAUUUCCUCCCUCAGAGAUGGGGAUGGGAUUGAGGGGAACCUCCCUACCUUUUUUGCCUUCCCUGGCCAGGAGCCUUUCUUUGCUGGAGGGCCAGGGUCAGGACCAAGAAUGGGAAGCUCUAGGAAGUGGCUUUUUAAAACUGGUUUUAUUUUAAUUUUUAUUAUAUUUUCUGUUUUUCCAUAAAGGAAUCAAUUUCAACUCUGUA